UUGCGUAUGGAGAAUAGUGCGUGUUGAACGGGCGGACUGUGUAAAAGCAGAGGCGUCAUUGCACCGGCGCUAAGCGCUCGGUUAUUUUGUCUCGCGUUUAUUCGUCGUAUCGAUUAUCCCUGUUUAUCGCGUGUGCGAUCGCUGUCGCGGAGCGUAAAGCUUUUCCUUCAAAAACAAACGCACAAUAAGAGAGUUAAGAGUAAAGAUUGUACGGAAAAGCCUCGCGACACGUCCAAUGAUGGCGUCCGUCAGAAUUUCAUCAUUCUCCGUUCCAUUUCGUACGCGAAAAUGAGAAAAUCCCGAAAUUUAGCAAAUUAUACCUAUAAUUCUAAUUAAGCAACAAUUAACUGCCUAUCGCUGUGAUUGUAAAAUGAAUCAUUCAUGACGAAGAAACUCAUUGUCAUAAAGAUGCACAUGCAUGUACGAAAGGGUGUCUGUCUGUGAAACUUCUUUAUCAGUAUAUCAAAAAAUUAGUUGGUGUUCAGCAAGCGAGACGUCAUGGACUCUGCAACCGAGCUGGAACACAUAGAGAAGCUGGCAAAGGAAGCGGAAUGCUUAAAGAUACGUUUGGAGGAUGAACGACAAAAAUUAAAUGAUAUUACACUUGCCAGUGUAGGAGACAGACUAGAAGCAAUUAAUUGUAUAAAUGUAAAACCUAGACGUAUUUUAAAGGGUCAUCAGGCCAAAGUUUUAUGUUCCGAUUGGUCUCCCGAUAAGCGUCAUAUUGUUUCUUCUUCACAAGAUGGAAGAAUGAUCAUAUGGGAUGCCUUUACAACAAAUAAGGAACAUGCCGUCAGUAUGCCAACCAGAUGGGUAAUGGCAUGUGCUUACGGCCCUAGUGGCACUUUAGUUGCAUGCGGAGGUCUGGAUAAUAAAGUUACAGUGUAUCCGUUAAGUCUGGAGGAUGAUGUUUCAGCCCAUAAGAAGACCGUUGGUACACAUACAUCAUACAUGUCGUGCUGUGCGUUUCCUAAUAGCGAUCAGCAGAUUUUAACAGGCAGUGGAGACAGCACGUGCGGUUUGUGGGACGUGGAGAGUGGGCAACUGUUACAGAGCUUUCAGGGACAUUCUAGCGACGUCAUGUCCAUUGAUCUAGCACCAAGUGAAACUGGAAACACAUUUGUAUCUGGUGGUUGUGACAAACUUGUCUUGAUUUGGGAUAUGCGCAGCGGCCAAUGCGUGCAAAGUUUUGAAGGACACCAAUCUGAUGUUAAUUCAGUAAGAUUUCAUCCAGGCGGCGAUGCAGUAGCAACAGGUUCGGAUGAUGCUACUUGUCGCUUAUUUGAUCUGCGUGCUGACAGAGAAGUUGCGGUAUAUGCGAAAGAAAGUAUAAUAUUUGGAGCGAAUGCAGUUGAUCUUAGUGUAAGCGGGCGUUUGCUUUUUGCCGGGUACAACGAUUACACGGUGAAUGUGUGGGAUACUUUAAAGUGUCAACGAGUGGCGUUGUUAUAUGGGCAUGAAAAUCGAGUCUCGUGUUUAAGAGUAUCCCCAGAUGGUACUGCUCUAUCUACUGGAAGUUGGGAUGCAACCUUACGAGUUUGGGCUUAACUUAUUACUAUCUUAAACAUGUUGAAAUACGAGAUACUCUUGUUAGGUAGCAUAGUUUAUAUUUAUUAUUUUAUCCUAAUUAUUUAGAAAAUUUUGCCUUCUCGAGUACUUUUUUAUAUGUUACUCAUGUUUUCAUAUAUCAAAUGUAUUAAAUUGUUGUGUAUUUAAUAGCAAGUAUGCUUUGCCAUGCAAAAUAUUAAAUCUACAUGCCAUGUAAAAUAUAAAAUCUACAAUAUGCAGGGUUGGGUAAUUAAAAAAUUGAAAGUUAAUAAAGUUAAAAAGUU